AUGAGAUUGAUUUCAUUUUUUGCGAAUGUAUUCACGCGGGAACGGAUAGUUGUAGUAGCUGGUGUAGCUACCGCCGCAUUUAUUAGUUAUUGCAUUUAUUUUGAUCACAAAAGACGCUCAGCGAUAGACUAUAAACAGAAAAUACGUGAACAGCGUCGUGCAGCAUCCAAAAAGAAGGAACCAAAAAGUUUUCCAAAUCCUCGCAAUGCUUCAGAAAUUCAGGCAUUUUUCUUGCAGGAAGUUCAAUUAGGAGAAGAGUUGCUAUCAGAUGGACAUGUUGAUCAAGGCGUUGAGCACUUGUGCAAUGCAAUAACAUUAUGUGGUCAACCAUCACAACUGAUUCAAAUUUUCCAGCAAACAUUGUCAAGUGAACAGUUCAAUAUUCUUGUUCAAAAACUACCAGAAGCUAAAGCUCGUUUGAUGCAAAUGUUCGGUGACCGCUUGAAUCAAGAUGAUGUUCCACUUGCUGAGGGGUCUGAUACUCCAGGACAAAGUGGGUUGGGUGUUGAAAUCAGUGACGAUCUCGAUCUUGCAUAG